AUGUUUAAGAAAUACUUCUCGAAAUCCCAGUCUGAGCCUAGGACGGGUAUGAUAUCGGAAGGUACAGGGAACGCUGCUCUAGAGGCUAUAUCGAAAACUAUAUCGAACAAUAAUGGAGUUCCUUUGGAGAAGAAUACUCAAGAUAUCGAUUUGCAAGUGGCAAGAUCUACUCAGAUAUCAUUGGGUGAAGUCGCAGAUGAAUUGACUGAAGAACAGAAAUACAGAGCUCUAAAGAGAUAUGAUUUGAAUCAUCUAGAAAACAUGGAGGAUCUUCCUUUAGUAGCUCUGUUUAUGUUGGAACAGCUUCAGGCUCUAAGUGUCUCAGAGGCUAUCGAGAUCUUGAAGGAGGCGCUUCCAGUUCAUGAACAUGAUAUCAACUUUCCAACAGGUUUAUGGGAACGUUACUGCAAGAUCAUUGCAAAGUGCGAGCAGGGUACACUAACCAAUUUCGACUUAGCGCUCAAGAAGGAGAGUGGUGACAAGGAGCUGGGAAUAAAAGAGUCCGCUAAAGAGAUCCAUGAUUAUGAAGUCAAUGAUGGCGACUCUGAAGACUUAGAACAUUGGGAAUUUGAUGCACGUAUCGAGGCUUCGUUGAUUGCUUUCUGGUCGCCUUAUCCAGAGAUCCGUGCCAUUAGUGAUCCUUUCGAUGACCCUAAUGAGCUCUGUGAAACAUUUAGGGCUUACGUCAUCUCUAUAAUUUGGCAAGGAAUUGGUGCCUUUAUUAAUACUUAUUUCAAUGCCAGACAGCCUUCGGUUAGUCUAUCGGGUGUCGUGGUUCAGGUUUUUAUUUACCCAUGUGGUUUAUUAUGGGCCAAAAUCGUCCCAGCUUGGACCAUUAGGUUUUACAAAGAUUAUAAAAUUGAAUUAAAUCCAGGGCCGUGGACAGCAAAGGAGCAAAUGUUUGCUACCUUGAUCUUUAUUGUCGAAGGUGGGGCCAAUUUUGUAUAUCAGGCUCUUAUGAUUCAGUCGUCCAAAUACUUCUACUAUCAGUCGUGGGCAGGCUGGGGAUACGGUAUUUUGUUAGGUUUAUCUCUUACAUGUAUGGGCCUUGGUCUUGCAGGACUUUUGAGAUGUUUUUUUGUGUAUCCUUAUGAGCAAAUCUGGCCUUUGAUUAUACCAACUAAAGCAGUGAACCAGGCCUUGAUGUCAAUUGAGAAAAAGGAGAACUUGUUUGGAUGGAAGAUAUCAAGAUACCGCUUCUUCUUCUACUGCUUUAUUGCUUCAUUCAUUUAUUUUUGGGUCCCUGACUACUUAUUCCAAGCAUUAUCUCAAUUUAGUUGGAUGACAUGGAUCAGUAAAGAUAACGUGAAUCUUGAUAAUAUUGUAGGUUUUAAUGGCGGGAUUGGACUUAACCCUAUCACAACAUUUGAUUUCAAUAUUAUGUGGAACAUGUCUCUGCCGUUGGUUAGUCCUGCUUACAAUACUAUACAAAAUUAUAUUGGAGUUGUUAUCACAGCAUUUACUUCCUUGGGAUUAUAUUAUUCAAAUUAUAAGUGGACUGGUUAUAUACCACUAAUCAGCAAUGGCUUGUAUGAUAACCAAGGCAACGCCUAUGAUACUUCCAGGGUGUUGACUGAUAAAGGACUUGAUGAACAGGCCCUUAAGGAUUACAGCCUACCAUUUUAUGGGGCUUGGAACUUAGUUGCAACAGGAGCAGGAUAUGCUACGGUUCCAUUUUUAUUCUUGUACAUGAUAUUGGAAUUUUGGAAACCAUUCACUCGUAGUUUUAAGGUUUUAUGCAAAUCCCUUAAGAGAAACGGAACUUCGAUGUCAAACUAUAAGGACCCGUUUUGCCGUAUGAACUCAGUUUAUCCCGAGGCCCCAGAAUGGUGGUUCUUAAUUGUAUUUUUUUCAGCUCUUGCAUGUGGCAUUGCAAGCAUUCGUGGUUAUGAAACUGAUACUCCCGUUUGGGCUUUGUUUUUUGCUUUGUUUUUCAGUCUAGUUGUGAUGAUUCCAACAAUUCAGUUCUUAGCUGUUACAGGCUCCCUUAUUACCUUGAUUGGUGUCGUAGAGAUUGUUAUUGGGUACGCAUUGAGAGGGCACAUAAUUGCUUAUAUCCUUAUGAAGCUCUUUGGAAGUUACAUUCCUGAACAAUGUCAAAACUACUUGAGCAACCAGAAGAUAGCACAUUAUGCAAAAGUCCCACCAAGAGCAAUGUUCAGAGGACAGCUUCUCACUAGCAUUAUUAAUGUUUUCAUUACGAUUGGACUUAUAAGAUGGCAAACAGGAAUGGAGAAUUUUUGCAAUCCAGAUUUAGCCCUUGCUCCGAACAGAAUGACUUGUCCGUCAACUAGGUCAUAUUUUAAUGAUGCUGUCGUUUUUGGCCUUGUUGGGCCAAAAACUGUUUUCGCGCUGCUCUACCCUAUUCUUAAAUAUUGUUUCCUCAUAGGUUUUCUUUUGGUGUUCCCUUGUAUUGCCUUCAAAUGGUAUGCUCCAAGAAAGUGGACGACACUGUUUCAACCAGUUUUGUGGUUAGGUGGUAUCUCUGCCGCAGCACCCUACAAUUUAUCAUACUACACGCCAGGUCUUUACUGGGCCAUUGGAUUUAUGUGGUAUUUGAAGAAUAGGUAUACGGCAUGGUGGAUAAAAUAUAACUAUCUUUUCUAUGGUGGAGUGCAAGCAGGGGUUGCUUUCAGUUCUGUUAUUAUCUUCUUUUCAGUUUUUUACCAUGAUAAGUCAAUUUCAUGGUGGGGAAAUAAUGUUAUUUAUGAAGGCGUAGACGGGGCAAUGGGUGCCCCUCGCUUGAAUGCCACUUUACAUGCUGAAGGUGGAUACUUUGGCCCACGUAAAGGUGAAUGGAGUUAA